GCGAUACGUGUGGCCGCGACCUGAACGCGUAGUGAUUAAUUGUAUGUAAGCUAACAAAAAGGAACAGUAGUGCUGUUUUGUAGUUGAAAAGUAGAGCUAAUUUUAAUGUAAACGCAACAAAUGUAAAAAGCUGUGCAGGUAGUGAAAACGCGCAACGCAACAACCAGCUGAAACGCAAAGCCUACGCUUUGGAGUGCACCUGAAAUCGUUGCGUACAUCAGUGCCCCCACCCCCGAGGGUGUGAGUGUGAUGUCUGUAGUGUAGAGAAGAGCCCGAAAAAGGAAACAACGCACAAACGCAUCAUUCUGCUGGGUGCGAAACAAAGCGCAACACUCGAAGCCAAGGAUUUGUUGCUACAAUUCGUGCUGCGAGGCAUUGACGCAGCAGUGGAAAGCAUUAGUCAUACAGAAAAAUGUCCCGAAAUCAAUAGAUAAGGCGCUCGCUGGAUGUGGUUUACGUACAGUGGUGGUUUUUUUUUGUGUUUCGUUUUCGUUGCCCCGCAAGCGUACUAUCAGCGUUUCUUUUUCCUGUCAAACCAAUACAUUGCGUGUGUGGAAACAAAAAAAAAAUCCACAUCCAAGAGUAGCAUAGUGUUUUGAAUGCAAUCUCAGAACCCUGCGCGCUUUGCACUGAUUGCGCCCUCGUAGACCAGAGAGACCAGAUCUGUUUCAUCGUCUAGUCAACAACAACUAAUAGGAAGCAACCGGUAGAAUUCUACGCCUUGUAGUUCGAUUUCUUCUGUGUCCUUUUAUUUCCCCCCUGUUCCGUGGCGCAGAUGGGUAGUAGCAGGCUGUGAUACGACCGACACGUAGACAACGCAUGCUGCGCGUAGGAACGAAAGAGAGCAGAUAGUUGGGGUCGGAAUCGAUAUAGCAACGAAACGCAAGUGCAAGUGUGGCAAAAGAAGGGGGAUUUCUCGCCUGCUGUGAAUAGUUUAGCUUGGUAGACAAAGAGAAAAAGAGAAAGAAAGAGAGAGAGAGUGAGUGGAGAAGAACGAAUUGGACGAGGAUACAUUUCGGCAUUCCAGGAUCUGUGUUGCAACUUCGUGUGGAUGCAAUCAACACCUGCACCGACACUAGUGUAGCGGAACAAACAAUAAGAAUGAAUGGGCUAAGCUUUGGAGAACUGUGCUGCCUGUUUUGUUGCCCCCCCUUACCGGGACGUAUUGCUGCCAAACUUGCCUUCUUACCACCGGAACCGACAUACAACCUGACGCCGAUCGAUGAGUCGAAAGCGAAAUAUUUGCUCAGCUUCAACGAGCGUGCCGAGUGGCCGUACUCGGAGCGCGAGAAGGAAAACGUCGAAGGGUUCUUCACGCGCACAUCCCGCGGCAACAAGCUGUCCUGCAUCUACGUCAAGUGUACACCGACCGCGAAGUACACGCUGCUGUUCUCCCACGGGAAUGCGGUCGAUCUCGGACAGAUGAGUAGCUUUUACCUUGGGCUGGGUUUGCGCAUCAACUGUAACAUCUUUAGCUACGAUUACUCCGGCUACGGGAUGAGCGGUGGCAAACCGUCGGAAAAGAACCUGUACGCCGAUAUCGAUGCUGCGUGGCACUCGCUGCGCACCCGGUUCGGUGUGAGCCCGGAAAAUAUUAUACUGUACGGUCAGAGCAUCGGUACCGUGCCGACGGUUGAUCUGGCAGCGCGGUACGAAGUUGGGGCUGUGAUUCUGCACUCACCCCUAAUGUCGGGGAUGAGGGUAGCCUUUCCAAACACGAAGCGAACGUGGUUUUUCGACGUUUUUCCAAGUAUCGAUAAGGUGUCGAAGAUAUCAUCACCGGUGCUGGUGAUACAUGGCACGGAAGAUGAGGUAAUAGAUUUUUCCCAUGGUUUAAGCAUCUACGAAAAGUGCCCAAAAGCUGUAGAACCAUUGUGGGUUGAGGGUGCUGGACACAAUGAUGUGGAGCUGUACAAUCAGUAUCUGGACCGGCUCAAGAAGUUCAUCGCGGUAGAGCUUGGCAACUGACAAUUAAAGAAUGCCUCAUCCGGUCAGCAGCUCUCUUCUUCAUCGUCGGCCGGAGCGGCAACAGUACCACCACCGAAAAGUCCGCAACGUCCGGCAAAAGCGACGGGUAAACGAACCACAACGGAAGAAGUGCCGGCCACCACCAACGCAUCAAGCGCGAGCGGCAGCGGCACCACCGCAGCAGCAGCAGCAGCCGGUUCGUCGUCGCGCAGUGGCAGCGAAAAACUUUUAUAGCACUCGUUGCCU